AAUACACAAUAUUUCUGCGGAACUGCUUUGUUUACACAUGUCUGCUGGAACUAAAACUCGUUGCAUACCUGCGAGCAAAUUUUAAACAAGCUAAGUACUUUGUGAAUAAAUUUGCUUUCACUGUCAUAUAGAAACAUGACAGACGGUUUUGGAACGAUAACUUGGUGGGGUUUUAGUCCUGCACUGGAUCUUCAAGAGAAAGAUUUGGUUGUCUCAUUAAAUGAGAUGGAAAUCAAUGAAAAAGAAAAUGAUGAGCUAAAAAUCUUGCUUGUUGGGUCGGGAGAUCUAAGACAUGUUUUGACAAGCAUAGCAAGAUCAUAUCGCUACCAGCGCAGAAAACUCCAUUUUUAUAUUCUGGAGAAUGCUUUGGAACUGUAUGCAAGAGACAUGCUGUUUUUGGCUCUAAGUCUGGAGACACCAAAACGAAUGGGACUACAGGAGAAGACAGAAUUGUUCUUGGAACUCUUUGGAAAUCUGUUAGUCCGAAAACAGUCAUGUGAAUAUGUGGAAAAGAUGGCAAAUGAAUUCAUUAAGAUGGUGACAGAUGAAGACUAUCUUGCUAAAAAACUACCAAUGUUAGACCUUUCUCAGCUAAAGUUUAAAGAAAGAGAUUUUCUGGAAGGAAUUUUCAAAUUCUGGAGAAACCCAUCACUAGAAAUAUUUGAUGCAGAAAAACACUGGGACAUGAGGCAGAGACAAUACCUAGGACCACGCUAUGACUGUAGAUUAAAUGCUUACGAUUGGGAUUACCACAUGAAGCUUGUCAACAAAGAGGCUGAAAUCAUACACAAACAUGAGUACAAAAGUUGGAGGAAUUCUGGGAUUGCUUUUGAACCAAGGGAGGCAACUUAUGACAUCCCUAACAAAACACUGGCAUCAGGGGUCAUCGUCAAUCAGGGUGGAGAGAAAGUGUUGCGGAGGGGAUACUGGGGAGACAUUUUGGUCAGUCCAUACCUUGCGUUUGGAAUUCAGUCCGAGGAAAAGUCGUUCUUUAAGAAAUCCAACAAUAUGUACACAAAGCUGUCCUUACACGUAGCAGAAUACAACAUUCUCUCACUGUUCCAUGAAAUCGCUCACAAAGAGAAGUACAGUCCAGCAAAAACGGAGGAAAAAUCUAAGACUGAAACAGAGAGUCCAGGGGGAGCCACAGUCACAGAAAUAACAGAAGAGGAAGAAAUUUCUGAGCAGACUGCGAGUCAAGAAAAUGAAGAACCUCCCAGUAACCCCCUGGAGCAACCAUAUGAGUGUUUACCUCUAGAGGAUGUGAGGAUUACAUUCCUCCCCCUGAGCUCCCUCCCAGACCUCCCCAAAAAGACAAAGUACAAGAACUGCUUCCAUACCGUGUACUUUGCUAACAGUUUGGUUCACCUUUUGACCCCUGAUGUGGCAACAAUCUUCAGAGACUCUGCCAAUGUCAUCUUAGAAACAGCAAGGUAUAUGCUGGAAUUGAAGGAUGACCAGGAGGUUGAAUUUGCCAACAAAAUUGUAGGGUUGGCUAAAGCUGCUGGCUGUCAGGAUCCAGGUAAAUUUGAUGCUAAAUCAUCCAAUUUCAUCGCCUUCAAGUAUCAACGUCCCUCCUCCUGAUAAUGGCUGACAUCUGGUCAUCCUCAUCAUCUUCAAUAAAUCUUCAUUGGAUUAUUUAUACAUGUAUAGGAAGCGAAGGAAAAUUUUUAUUUUAUGUUUUGGACAAAUCUCUGACACUUGACAUUUUCUCCAAAUGAACAAAGUGUUUUUUAAACAAUCAGUUAUUUUGAUUUCUUAUUAUUUGGACAAUGAUCAAAAUGCUUUUUGUUUCCUCAAAACGAAUAACGUAGAACAAUAUUCAUGAAUGUUUGAAACAAUUAUCCUGUGUUUGCAAUAAUAAAUAUGUUUUACAAUAAAUAUAUUUUACAGUA